AUGAGGGCAGUGCGGAAAGCCUAUUCAGCGGUGGAGCGGCUUUAUUGCCACCUUUUCGGGUGCCCCCGGGUCCCAGGCGAGUUAUCCACACUUCCCGCGCGCGCGCUUCCCACCGACCGCGCCGAGAACGACCCGCAGUCGCCGGAACACAACACCGCGACAAUGAUGACGCUCGCGCACGCCGCGAUCCCCAAGAGGGUGGGCGCCGCGCGCGCCGCGGGCGCGCCAUUCCUACGUGGCGCCUCGCGUCCGACCGCGAACAAGAUGACCCUCGGGUCCAGGCCCCGGCCCCUCCGCGCGCUCGUGAUUCGCGCCGACGCCGAGGCGGAGGCCGCCGUCGCCGAGGCUGAUACCAAGGCGGACGCCCUCGGCAACGACGAGGACAUGGUGGCGAAGGUCAAGGCGCGCGUCCUCGCCAAGGUUGCCGCCAAGAAGGCUGCCAAGAAGAAGAAGCUCAAGGAGCAAGGACUCCUCGCGGAUGACGACGACGAAGAGGGCGACGAGUUCGCGCCCGUCGCCGCGGUCCCCGGCCAGGCCAAACCCAAGGCUAAGAAGAAGAAGACGCGCAAGUACAUCAAGCCCGACGGCACCGAGGUGGAGCUCGAGGAGGAGGAGGAGGAGGAGGAGGACGAGCCCUACGUCCCGCCGCCGCCGCCGCCCGUCGCGCCCAACAAGUGCACGUUCCACAUCGAGAUCGAGACCAACUUCGGCGAUCACCUCUGCCUGACCGGCGGCCACCCGCUGUUGGGCGACUGGUCCCCGGUCAACGGAGUCCCGAUGGACUGGGUCGAGGGUAACAAGUGGAAGGUCACCGUGCCGCUCCCCGCGCAUCAGCUCAUCCAGUACAAGUACGUGGUGCGAUCGGGGUGGGCUCCCGACGGCGAAACCCGGUGGCAGGGCGGCCCCGACGGCAUGAUCUCCACCGGACCGGAGCACUCCUCCGUCGAGAUUCACGACAAACCGCAGUGGCACAGCUGGGGCGACGGCCAUCCCUCCGUCAAGGCUGUCCCAGCCGCCGUCGAGGCGUUUCAGAAGGUCAAGGCUCCGGAAAACUGGGAGCAGCGAACGAACGUGUCCGAACUUCCCAAGUGGGCCAGGGAGGCGGUGUUCUACCAGAUCUUCCCCCUCGGGUACUUCGGCGCACCCACCGUGAACGAUCAGAAGCUUCCCGUCAACCCGCGGCUGAAGCAGAUUCGUCAGCACUACAAGCACUUUCGAGAGCUCGGCAUCGACGCUGUCUAUUUUUCGCCCCUCUUCGAGUCCGGCACGCACGGGUACGACACGUUCGAUUACUUCCAGAUCGAUCGCCGCCUCGGCGACGUGGAGCUCUUCAAGGAGAUCGUCAAGGAGCUGCACGACAUCGGCAUCAAGGUUGUCCUGGACGGCGUCUUUAACCACACCGGGAAGCAGCAUUUCGCGUUUAAGGAUCUGCGGGAGAAGGGCGCGCACGCGUCGGAGUUCGGCAACUGGUAUCACAUCGGCGCGAGGAAGUGGGACUACGAGGGGUGGUGCUCCACCGACUCCAUCAAGGGAACCGGGUUCUCCUACGACUGCUGGGAGGGCCACCCGGUGUUGCCCAGGUUGAACCUGGACGAGCCCGCGGUUAAGCACCACAUCUUCGACGUCGCGAGGUUCUGGAUCAAGGAGGUUGGCAUCGACGGCUGGCGCCUCGACGUGGCGCACGAGAUCCACCCGGACUUCUGGCGGGAGUUCCGCCGCGUGUGCGACGACGCCAGGCCCGACGGCACCUGCCUGUUGGUGGGCGAGAUGAUCCACGGCAACUACAACGGGUGGGUGGGCAACGACAGGCUCCACUCCGGUACCAACUACCAGAUGUCGCACGCCACGUGGCACUCGCUCAACGAGCACAACUACGAGUACUUCUACAGCGCGUUGAUGCGCGAGGCGAACCUGUUCAAAGGACUGUCCCUCGUCAACUUCCUCGGCAACCACGACGUGCCGAGGAUCGCGUCCAACCUCACCAACCCGGCGCACUACACCCACGCCAUGGUUGUGCUUUGUCUCAUGAAGGGCAUCCCGUGCCUCUACUACGGCGACGAGUUCGGCAUGGAGGGCAGGCCCGAGGACGGCACCGACGAGCACUCCGGCGGCGACGACGCCAUGCGCAGGCCCAUGCUCGACUGCGCCAAGCCCGCGACGUGGCCCGCCGUCGGCCAGUCCAGGCUGGCGCUCAACAAGAAGCUCAUCGCGAUGCGCAAAAACUACCCCGUGUUCGGCUCGGCGGGCUCGCAGGACAUCCGCGACAUGUGGCUCAACAAGGACACUCGCGAGCAGUUCAUCGUGGUGAGGUACACCGAGGACGAGGUCGCCGCGCUGGUUUUCAACUGCGGCGACUACCACGUCGACCCGUGGCCGGAGGUUGUCAUCCCCGCGUCUGCGCCCAUGAAGGUUGGCGACAAGAUGGUCGACCUGCUCUCGCCGACGGGCACGUCCUUCGUGGUUCACGACGGAAAGAAGGUGUACGCCGGGCCGUGCGAGCCCAACAGCGUCAAGGUCCUGCACUGGGCCAAGCCCAAACCCAAGCCGAAGGUUCCCGCCUCGCAGCUGGGCGCCGCCGCUACCACCGCGGGCCUCCCCUCGCACCUUCGCGCGGCGGCGGCGGCGGGCGCCUACGCGCCCGCGAUGACCGUCCCGGGCAUGGCCGCCCCCGUCGAUCCCACGGCGCCCACCACGCCGCAACCUGGCAUCGGCGAGUACGACCCCAACGCGUCCGCCGCGUACGGCGCGAUGCAGGACGAGAUGGCGGGUACCCUCGCGGCGCUCUACGGGGAGCAGGCGGCGCCCGCCGCCGCCGCGGACCCUUACGCGGCGAUGGACGCCGCGACGGAUCCGUACGCCGCCGUCCCCGACGCGGGCGCCUACGAUCCUUACGCGGCGCAGGAUGCGGCCGCGGCGCCGAUGGACGCCGGAGAGGCGUACGAUCCCUACGCCGCGGCGCCGCCUCCGCCGAGCUCGAGUUACCUCGACCAGUGGAAGAACAAGCGCAAGAACAUCUUCGACGAUGACGCCAUGAACAGCUAAACGUUCGUCGUUUAUGAUCGUUGGUCGAACGCGACGCGAGGUGACUUCGAGCGAGAGGGUGUUUCGGGUGGGGGCUUUGAGUUGGGAUGACUUUAACUGCACAAGGGUUGAGUUCGAGUUGGUCGGUUUUUUUCAGAGCAAGCAAAGUGACAUUUCACGGGUGCGAAUCGGGGGGAGGAACUCUAGCGGACUUCCACGGCUCGCGCUCGGAUUCUUUUCAUGUUUUAUACGCGACGAUACGUUGCACUGUAAUGGAACGCGAGUUUUUCACA